CGCCCCACCAUUUUUAUCUUAAUGUCCUAUAUUUGUAUUUAGUAUAUAAGAUCAUUUUUAUUUGUUAAUAUUGUCAGUUCUUAGUCACUUGAGAGUUAGUUAUAAUCCAAUCGGAAUAUAUAUCCUUAUCAAUGUCGUCGUCUCAUUUCACCUGCGACAAAGACAUAACAGAUUGAAAUAUUCGACCAUAAUAUUUCUUCCUAAUUGUUUAAAAAAAAAUCUCUUAUACCAUCAUUUCCCUACGACAGAUAGGUACAGAAUUAACCAUUAAACACCUACACAUGUAUUAUAUAAAUAAGUCUGUACUUAUAUGAACUUGAUAAGAAUAUUGCAAUGUUAAUAGUAACAGUUAUUUCUGUGUUAAGGACACAGACAACGAUAAUUACGCAACUCAAUUGACAUUUCAUUCAUUCGUCGCUUGUCGUGCAAAGAAACAAAUGAGUGAACCAUUGCGAUACUGGCCUGUUAAAAGAUGGGAAGAACUGCAAGAUACUUUGAAAAAUGAUUUACCACGAAGUUUCCCUGGAUAUAUUUCACUGGAGCACCAAAAAGAGUGGUUGAAUCUCGGUAUAAACCAUGGCUUUAACGUGUAUUGUCCAUACGCGGAUGUUUCUAACGGAAUGGUGGCUAUUAACGAAAAGAAUACGGCAUACGAGGUCAUAAUUCAGUGUCCCAAAAACGAAACCGAUGAACUAGCAAAGGCAUUAAAAGAUACAAAAAUCAUAAACUGGGACCGACAUGUGACUAUACCAUUUGCCCCACGUCAUAUAUUUGAAUGUGUUAAAGAGGUCGUAAAAUUUAUUGAAGCAGAGAUAUACCACACUAUUCCAUCAGUACUUUUCUUUUUAGAUAAAGAUACAUUACCCUAUCAAGAUGUUAACUUACCACCAGGCAUUUCAUUUAAUCUUCUAAAUAAACAAUAUAUAGACCUUAUCGACUCAUGCUGGCCUCAUCGUUACCCAGGUUCCAGUUGGUAUUUUGAAUUAUUAAUCAAAGCUAAAUCUGGGUUUGGCCUUUUUCAAAAUGGACACUUAAUCUCGUGGAUGCUUAUUAAUGAGACAGGGGCUAUAACCCACGUAUAUACUAUAGAACAAUAUAGGAAAAAAGGAUUGGCAGGAACAUUGUUAAAAUUGGUUUGUAACAUGCGAUUACAGGAAAAUAAACAUGUGCUGAUAUUUAGUGUUGCUACUAACACUAUUGCACGUAAUUUAUACACCAAAAUGGGGUUUCAACUGUAUGACGAGUUAGGUUGGAUUUUUUUGAAAAAAAAAUGUUUACUUAAUGCUACGAGUAGUAACUUUAAUAGUACUUAAUAAUUACUAUUAUUAUUUAUUUAUUUUAUUUUAAUUAUUUUUAACCCCUCUUUGGGUUCCGUUGCAAGUUUGUGCAAAAUAAAGUUUCUUUCUUGUUUUUUAUUU